AUGUUUGCCAAAAAAGGUAGAAGAGCUAAAAAAACGGUUAAAGAUAAAGAUGAUCCAAUUUCUAAUGAGUUUGAUCUACAUAAAGCUAGUGAUAUAAAGACCACUAACCUUCCGGAAUGUAAAAUAGGCGGUUGGAACGAGGUUGAAAUUUCGCACAGCGUAUGUUUUAGAAAAAGAGCUAAUGAAGAUACACUAGAUUUUUGCAAAGCUUUACGUAGGGAAGAAUCUGAUGAAGAACUCGAGAUACCGAUUGUUCCUGAUUUAAGUAGUGUUGAGGACCAGUCUACCGCAUUUCAGCGUGCGGUCGCACCGAGUGUGGUCAGAAACAAAAUUCCAGCGUACUGUGAACUUACUCAAGAUCUACUCAAUCAUGGCACUCUUCAGUUAUUGGACGGUGAUAUUAACUUGAAGGUUUUGACGAAACAUUUAUUCUCUGAAUCUGAAUUGCAAGAAAUUGAUGAAACAUGGAGUUGGGACUUUUUGUUCUCUAAAUUAAAGACACUGAAAUAA